AUGGCGGCUGGCAUUAAGACCAUCAUCGCACUUGCAUUUGUGCUCGCGAUCGGAUUCCUCCUUGUCAUCCUCUCCUCCGCCCUGUGGCACAAGUACUGGCCAUUGCUAGUGGUCGCAAUCUAUGUGAUUGCGCCGCUCCCCAAUUGGAUCUGUUCGCGAUGUGCAAACCCAGAUGAUUUCAUCGAUAGCUCAUCCAAUGCGGCAAUGGACUUCGGUCGCUUCAUGACGGGCUUCUUGGUCUUGACAGGCAUUGCACUUCCCGUUGUCCUUGCGCAUAGUGGAGAGAUUCAAAUCCCAGCCAUGAUUAUGUCCAUUCUUGGUGGUCUCCUGAUUUACGGAACCAUCAUUAGCUUCUCCAUGUUCUUCCAGGAACAGGAAGAGUUCUGA